AUGGAAUGAUAUGAACCCGGUUAUGUCCAGAAGAAGUGGAAGAGACAAGAGGAGUAGUAUGUUCAUGCUUAGGCUUAUAAUGGGGAAGCUGCAAAGGAGACUUUCAGUACUACACAGAAGGCGACCUUUGGAUGAAGGUGACGACGAUGAGCAGGUCGAUGAAGUUGGAAGUGAGAUGGAUGUGCCGGAAGAUGUGAAGGAAGGACAGUUUGUGGUGUUUGCAGCUGAUGCUGGGAAUCUUACGAGGUUUAUUGUUGAACUGGGUAUUCUGAAUGAUCCUGACUUCUUGAAGCUGCUGCAGCAAGCUGAGGAAGAAUUUGGUUUCGAACAAAAGGGUGCUCUGAUGGUUCCUUGCCGACCAGAUGACCUUCAGAAGAUCCUGGGAGGCAAAAAGGAAGGGAGUAGUGCUGCUGCUGGUUGGAAUUACUGUGAGAGCACUACAUUACAUGAUUAGAGUUAGAUGUGUACAGAAAAUGUAUUACACUAAAUCUUCUUUUCUGUUUAGUUUAUAUAUAGUAGACAGUAGAUCAUGAAUGUAAUGUAGGUGUAUAUGGUUAAAUUAAUACAUGAAUUUGGUGUCUUCA